UUGAGCACUGGUAAAAAAAUUCAAUCUUUACAAUUCCGCCUUGAUUAAUCUCACCAACGCCGCAAAAAAUCGAGGGGAAGCCUCGAACCAAUGUACGGAGCAUCAGGAAAAAUGGGGCGCGGCGGCGGCGGCGGCGGGAAGAGGAACAUUCACGCGCCGCCAACCGGGCGCCCUACCGCCGCCGGCCGCCUCUCCUUGGGCGGAGGUCCACGCGGCCGCGGCGGGCCGCCGGCGUCGACCUCCUCGCUGCAGGUGGAGGAGAGCUUCAGCCUUGUUAGGGAGAAGCCUUUGAAUUUUGGGAUGGCAAUAAAGCUGACGGCUGACCUUGUGGAGGAGAUCAGGCGCGUGGAGGCGCAGGGUGGUGCCGCGUGCAUCAAGUUCGGCGCCAAUGCUAGUGGGAAUGUUAUUCAAGUAGGGGACAAAACCAUCAAAUUCACUUGGUCCAGGGAGCCAGGGGACUUAUGUGACAUAUAUGAAGAACGUCAGAGUGGCGAUAGUGGAAAUGGCUUGCUUGUAGAGUCAGGAGGAACUUGGCGUAAGGUUACUGUAGAGCGAGAAUUAGAUGAAUCAACUAAAAAUCAUGUCAAAAGGCUGUCAGAAGAAGCCGAGCGCAAGAUGAAAGCACGAAAAGCAAUUGUGUUAGAUCAUCAGAAUUCAGCUAUGAAGAAUCAAAUGAGGGCAUUUGCUGCUUCCGAGUCUACUCCGUGGAAAAGUUUCAAAAAUCGGAAAGAACCUCCUUUCAAGAAGCCAAAAUGUGAAUCAACUCCAGCUGCUGGACCUCCGAAAUCUGUUUUCAAGCCUAUAUCAAAUCUUUCUAAGGGCAGGCUCUCUUCUAGCUCACCUUUAUCUUCCCAACCCGAGCAACUUGGCCCUUCAACGUCUCCAGUAGGAAUUGGUGACCCUGUGAAGGGACAAACUGGUGUCUCAGAUUUUGCAGCAACUCAAAAUCUGAAUAAAGCUUUGAGCUCUGAAAAAGAUGCAGUCAACAGAAGGAAUAGUACCAUCAGUGACAAAUCUAAGUUCAAUUGGAAUGAUGAAGCCAAACCUGCUGAUUUGAGAAGUCUGAUUACUUCUCUACUCCUGGAGAAUCAGUCUUCAGGAAUGAGCCUAAAGGCCUUGGAGAGGGCUGUCGAAAAUGCUAUACCCAACUCAGCUUGGAAAAUUGAGCCCAUACUGAAAAAAAUUGCGAGUUGUCAAGCACCUGGGAGAUAUUUCCUAAAAGCAGGAAUAGAGAUGGAAAGCUUUAAGAAGCUACCUCAAAGCGGAAGCUCUCCCGAAAUUAAUCGUGAUCAGUCACCUGCACCUCAGAAGUUUGACCAACUUCCCGGUGAAGAUCACAUGAGUACAGAUGCCAACAAUGAAGAACUGGGUGAAUUAAAUCUUACACCUGCUCAUACAGAAGACAUCGUAGAGAUAAUAGGUAGUCAGAAUUCACCUGAUAAUUUAAGUGACAAAAACGUUUCUAACAACAGCGAAGGUGCGGCAGGCAGCUCAAGUGAUAGUGGAAGUGACAGUGACAGCGACACUGAUAGUAGUGACAGUGGUAGUGAUAGUGGCAAAAGUAAAAGUCGAAGCCCAGUAGGAAGUCGGAGUGGUAGUAGUAGUGACAGUGAUACUGAUUCAUCUUCCAGCAGCAAGCAGGCAUCUGAUGAGGAUUUAGAUAUUAUGAUAUGUGAUGAUGAGAAAGAAUCCAAACACAAAAUGCUAGAUCCACACCCGGCUGCAUCGAGAGAUCCUGGUCAGUGGAAUAACUUAGAUAAUGACCCUGUUGAGACCGGGGAUUCAGAUAUUCAGGAUCCCUUUGGUGAGAUUGAGAUUGACAUCGACAUCGAGAAAGACUCUCCUGAAUACAACCAUGGCCUUGAAAUACCCCGAGCUGAUAAUUUAUUUGCCAGUAAAGAAGGCGAAGAAGCUAGUGAAGAUCUCAAACCUUCUUCACCCGAUCACUAUGAACAACAAGAAAGACGAGUCUCUGAGAGAGAAGGAUAUGAUGAAUCAGGUGGCAUGGUCAAUGAUGGCUUCAAACAUGGUGAGUCUGGUGCUCAGGGAAGAUCGUCAAAGGGAAAUUCUAAAAGACGCUCUGAUGAUAAGCAUUUGGAAGAAAGGGCACGCAGCAAAAAGAAGUCAAAGAGUAAAAACUCAAUCGAACCAGUUUCAGGGACUAUAAACUCUCUUUUCGGUGAGAGCCCUUACAACUCGUCCCCUGACAGGCCUCUGCAAGGCACAGACACGCAGCCUGUUGACCUAAUGGACGACAGAACCUACAGAAAUGAUACAAAUUAUGCUGAUCCACAAACAGAUCCUAAUCACCAAGCAAUAUCAUACAGACCUGUUUCCGAUUCUCAGCAGCCAGCUCAAAGAUCUUUCGAAGCUCGUGGAUGGACUGAGGCUCCUUCUGGAGGAAAAAGACCUGGUAAACAACACCGUUUGCAACCCAAUACCAGAAAAUUUGAAAUGACAGGGAAGGCGAAGGAGAUUGGCCCUACUUCCAACUCAUACUGGGGUUAUUCUCCCAAGAGUAACAAUCUGGGUACUGCCAAUAGAUCUCCAAUGAUGAAUGGCAGGAAUGCUGUACUUCGAAGAGAGCCUUCAGACUUAGAGUUGGGUGAAUUUCGAGAACCUUUCCAUGAGGAAACACCUCCGUCUAAGAAAAAAUUUGAAAAGAAAAAUUCUUUUAAACAUUUGGAAAACAAACAAAAGGAUGCUGAAUACUGGAACUCAGAUUUCAGCGGAGGAAAAACAUCUAAUAAGAUCCCAGCAGAUCUGGGAAAAAUGUCCUCACCAAACAAUGUUGACGACCGUACAAGAACUCAUCUCAGAAGCACUCAACCUCUUGAUCCACCUCAUCCGCCACGAGUGGAUCUCAACUCCCAACAAAAUAUAGUACCAGAAGUGAGUGGUAAAACUAAAUUUGCGGAAGCUGGAAUGGGCAGGGCUGCUAGUGUUGAAGCCUAUGGAGAUACUUCCCAGAAAAUUCCAGGUAAUUCAGUAGAACAGCAGCAUGAUCCAAUACGAGGUGUUAAACCCCGUGCCACAAAGCAAAGCAAGAAACAGAAGCCCAAUAGGACAAGUGUCUCAAAUGAUAGACAGACAGUGAUUGGGAGCUAUGAUAGCCAUCAAAAAAAGAAAUUGUCUUCUUCAGAUGAUACCAGUUGUUCAUUCACUAAAUUUGAGAAGGAUCAGCCUGAGCUGAAGGGUCCGAUAAGAGAUAUUUCUCAGUACAAAGAAUAUGUGAAGGAAUAUCAAGAAAAGUACGAGAGCUAUUGCUCCUUGAACAAAAUAUUGGAGUCAUACAGGGAUGAGUUUAGUAAACUUGGUAAGGAUCUCGACACUUACAAAGGUAGGGAUAUGAAGAAAUACAAUGACAUCUUGGAGCGGAUCAGGUCAUCAUUUCGUCAAUGUGGGGAGAAACAUAAACGCCUGAAGAAUAUAUUCGUUGUUCUUUAUGAGGAAUUGAAGCACUUGAAACAGAUGAUCAAAGACUAUGCUACAUCAUAUAAAAAGGACUGAUUCUGUUAUACAUCAUCUCUCUCUAAGUAUAUACAUCAGCAGGUCUGCUCCUUGUCAUCAUCCUCCAUUGUUAACGAGGUUUCCCACGUCCCUGCCUGUAUUCGAAAGGUCAGUCACGACAGCUCUAGCUGCACCCAUGAAGUGUGGACGAGUGAAGUGGAAAAUAGUUAUGGGCCAGUUUUGUGGGAUAAAACUUGUAUAUAUGACUGUAUAAAACUAGUAUUAAUUAUUUUUAGUUCUUACUGAUACAACUAUUGUUAUGAUUUCUUGAGGGAGAUGUUCUAGCUUAAUUACAUGUAAAUUUGUUUAGUUAGUAUCAUAGUUGAUGAUGCUGGUAGAAACAGGAGCCAAAAUUGGUUCCAAGUUUUGUUCUUUGUAAAUUUAAUCUGGUUACUAGUUUGGACACCA